CAGCGCUCUCGUCAGCAUCUUCCUCUCCCGGAACCUCAGGAGGCUGGGUGCUCAUCAGCAGAGUCACGAAACGCUCCUUCAGCUCCGCAGAAGGGAAGAGAGAGGAGGCGCUUGAUGAUGGAGAGCUGUGAGGGAGAGGGAGGAGUCGGGCUGCCAAGGUGAACCGAUAAAGCUGCUUUUAUUCCGCUCUGACGUGCAGAACCCGGUGGGCGGCGGAGCGGAUCCGGCAGUCAGCGGAUCCGUGGACACGGACACAGUUUUUGGAUUUCUGUUCGAGCUCCGCGCUUCUGGACGGAAGGUGAGUGGACCGACCGACCUGUGGCGACUUCACCUGAGCUCUCGCCUCAUGCUGUCUGCAGCAGCCUCCUGCAGGAGGAGAUGAGGAACAGCUCCUUCAUGGAGGAACUCACCAGAGCUUAUGGAUCCAGACGCUCAGAGACCACUGGUGACCUCCAGACCAGCGUGGACUGGAGGAGUCCCACUGGGAUCAGAGGAGGAGGAAUUCAGUGUCCCGACGGGUAGACGGACCCCCGGCUCCCUGGAGGGAGCUGCUGUUCACAUGGACGAAAACAUCAGAUUCGUGGAAUUAGGAGCUUCUGAUUGGACGGUUCUUCAUUCAGCUUCUUUUUUCUGUGAUGAUGAUGUCGACUCGGCGAGCUGACUGAGGAGGCGUCAGGUGGAUUCCACACCUAGGAAUACCGGAAAAGCUGUGUCUUAGACAGACUUCUCAUCCAUACAGCAGAUUAGUUCUGUUAAAAACAUCAAACAUUUAAGUGUUUUAUUGAGUUUUGUGCAUCUGUUGCAGUGAAAGGCAGAUUUUUUUCUCUUAAAUUCAAAUGAACACAUUUUGUACCUUUUUAUUUACAAUUAAUCCUAUUUGAUGAAACUUUUCAUAAGAUUGUUGACUUUUUAACGUUAAUCUGACCCUUUUUAAGCCCAAGAACUUCUUCAGCUAUAUAUUUGAAACAUGUUCUGGUUCAUCAGAGAUCGUUUUGAACUUUUUGAACAAAUAACUGAAGGAGCUGCAUCUAGAAUUCAUUUUAAGGAUCUUCCUGAUGGAUCUUGAAACUUAACCAGAAUUUUUUGAGUUUUUGUUUUUCCGCCCACAAAAUAAUAAAAACACAAAAAGUCAUUCCUCUCCUCCAGCUGGUCUGAGGAGAUUCACCUGUUCCUCUGGAGGAACCCGCUGCCCCUCCCAUCACCGCCAUGGUGAUGUCACAGGGCACCUACACCUUCCUGGCCUGUUUCGCCGGCUUCUGGUUGGUCUGGGCCCUCAUCGUCAUGCUCUGCUGUUUCUGCAGCGUCCUACAGCGCCGGCUGAAGCGACGCCACGAGCAGCGGCUCAGAGAGCAGUGUCUGCAGAGCGUGGAGAUGGAGCCGCUCAGCUGUCACUCAGCAGGAUACCCACCUGCACCUCCACCACUCCAGCCGCCGCAGCUCCAUCAAAUCUGUCCUCCUCAGAUGGUGUCCCCUCCAGUUCCUCUUCAGAUGCCACAAGCAACUUGGGUCAGCAUGCCAGAGACCGAUGCAUUUGGAAAGCCACCCUGCUACGAGGAGGCGGUCCUGAUGGAGGACCCCCCUCCGCCCUACAGUGAGGUUCUGGCUGACCCACAAGGGGGGACCUAUCUGAAGCCCGCCCCGUUUCGUGCUGCACAGCUGCCUUUGAGGGAAAACCGUGAUCCACUCCUAGAGACCAUCAAGCCUCCGGUGGCGACCGUGUUUCCUGACCGGGGUUACUCCUCUCUGAUCCGCCUGCCUUCGACUCAGCGCUGGGACUCAUUGGGUCACCUCCUGUCUAACAUGGAUCUGAGCCAUAACAGCCUCACCCCACCUGGUGCACGUUCGCUUCAGGUUGCAGCCGCUACGGCAUCCAUGCCUCGCAGAGACCACAGCACUCAUGAUGGCCUGCAAGGUGAAAUGCAAGGACUUCAGAGAGGUGUACAGGUCUUUCAGGGAGGGUUUCAAGGGAUUCAGGGUGUCCACAGACUGAGGGGGUUGGAGCCCAGCUGUGGGAUGCCCACUGCCUUCCCUUUGCUGGGUCGGAGCACUGCUGUCUAGUAGACCUGCAGUCUUACUGUCUGGAAGACUCUUAUAACUCAGAGAUUCUGCUAGAAGUGAAGAUUUAAUCCCCGAAGAGCUGCAGGAAACAGGAGUUCCGCUCCCUGAGCAGUUCUUCUCUGCACAAAUAAUGUGUGAAAAAUAAGAAAGUUAACCAGUGUUGUUCGGUCACAGAAGCACUUUGUUGCCAUGUUUCAAUUUAAAUGAGUCAACGAGCUCUUGUGGCGAGACUCUGUGAAAAGGUAAAGAUGACCAACCAGCUGCUAAUCCGGACUGCCUUCCACCUCCUUCCUCAUACAUCCCUAAUCCUCUCUGUUCUCUACUGUACCAGCUGAUCGUUGCCAUGGCUCCGGAGAGCUGUGUUUGUCGCCUUCAACAACCUCUCCUUUAUCUCUCCAUAUUUUUAAACACUGUUUGCAGUUUGCUUCCUCUGAAGAACUGAGAUUUAACACCUACGACUCUGCCUUCGUGUUCGUGACAUCGAGCAGAAGGUCGAGCUUCACAAUCACAGAGAAACAAGGCUCUAACAAUAACAUACAAAUAAAUGAACUUUGCUUUUCUUUUUUAAAACUAAAAUUUUCAGUGUCUCUCAUUAUAGGGCUGUUUUUGGGUCACACAGACAUCAGCUGGAUUUCAUAAUGACGUACAAGUGUAGACGCGUGCUAUUAAAUAUAGUUCUAAAAACUAUUUUUCAUGUGAAAUAAAAUUCAUUUACAAGGCUUGUUCUAGUGAUUUUUUGAGUUAAAAAGGCAAAACAGAGGAAACAAAACUAGAGUACACGACUGUAUCCUUUAAUUUAUGGCUACCUAAGCUUGUAACUCCUUUUAUUAAACAGUUAAUCACAGUUUAUGCUAUUAAUUAUGAUGCAGAAAGAAAUGUGAAAGAUCCCUGGGUUUGAUGCAUUCUUUUUUUAUUUAUUUAAAUAUGAUGCCAAAAUCCCAGAUUAUUCAGGUAAAAUAGAGAAAUGCACUAAUGGAGACUUCCUGGUCAGACUUCUACAAUGUCUGAAUAAGGUGUUAGAAUUGUAAACAGAUUCUAAGGCACCCUCUUCCUUUUUAUGCCAUUUUUUCCCAAUUUAAAGUCCUUUGAACCAGUUUAAACAUUCUAACACAGUUCAGUAUGAAAGUGUUUCUCUGGGAGUCAAA